UAAUGAAUAAGAAAAAAUACCUGAUUGCUAAAUUAACAUAAAAAAAUAUCCAUGGGUUUUUUGGGGGGUGGGGGGUGGCUACAAUUUUAUGCUAUUAAAACAUUGGUUUGGCACUAUUAUAGCUGUUAGUUAUAAUUCCAGUAAAGCUGAGUUAUCUGUGACUCAGAGUGAGUGAAAGAGAGAGAGAGAGUAAAGCUCCUGUUUUUGGGGCGGAGAUUUCCGAGUUGUUAAAGCACAUGGCCGCACACUGUACAGUUCUUCACUCAAACACUAGACUAACGGCUUUACCCGGAUUUACCUCAACUUUAUCUCAUCUCACACAAACUCUUGAGAGGAUUCUACUGGUAUCAUUCAUCUCAUUACUGUAAUUAGUAGUAUUUUUUGUAAAAACAAUGUAGGGUGAAUUGAGAGAAAAUUAUAAUCUUUGAACGCCAACAAUGACAAAGACAAAAGUAGAGGCAAAUCCUGAGUCAAAUGCACGCUCAUCCCAUCACGGACAGGACGGGCAGGAAAAAGCCUGCGGAGACGCGAGCAGCCAGCAGCCGACAAGACAAAUCCACCGGCAUCAUGUGCAACACAUGACGUCAAAACAAGCUCAGGCGGACGCUUGGUCUAAAAUCAUCCCAGCAGCCUCACAGAGCAAAGCCAAAGAGAUUCACUCGAAGAAACCAAAGCGUGGAGCAUCUGUCACGCCAAACAUCCACACAGGGAAAAGAGAGAUGAAACCAGAGUCGAGAAAACGCACCGAUAGCAAUCGCAGUAAAUCUUUCGGGAGGAGAAAGCUGUCUGAUGGAAGCAUCACGUCUGAUGACCUGAGUAAGGACUCUGGCUGCGCUACCGGGAAACUGUCUUCCACGGACAGCAGCUCUGAGAUCUCGGACGCAUCAGAGGAGCAUAAGCAGUCCACUGAUGCCCAGUGUGGCGAGGUCUGUCCCAGAGGUCCCAGCGAAGAGAUGAUGGACGAUUCAGCGGAGCAAAUAUCAGAACACAGAGAAGAAGAUGGACUGGUUAAUGCCACCCUGUCUCCAGGGUUUGGCUUCGGAGAGGGGAGCAUCUCUCCUGGCGACCAGAGGUCCUACAUUUCUCUGGACAGUCGCUUGAACCUGAGCGCGUCUGUGGCAUUUUCGGAUCUGACUGGAGACUUUGCUGAUGGGGUGCACGAGGAUCUGCUGAGAGAGAUUGACGACCUAAAAUCGGAAAAUGAAUAUUUGAAGGAUGAAAUGGAGGAGCUCCGCUCAGAGAUGCUGGAGAUGAGGGACAUGUACAUGGAGGAGGAUGUUUACCAGCUGCAGGAACUCCGACAGCAGCUGGAACAGGCCAACAAGGCCUGUCGCAUUCUGCAGUACCGACUUAGGAAAGCAGAGAGACGCAGCCUGCGUGUAGCCCAGACGGGACAAGUGGACGGGGAGCUUAUCAGGACACUUGAGCAUGAUAUUAGGGUGGCAAAAAGCGUGUCCCUUCGCCUACAUGGUGAACUUGAGGCCAUUCAAAAGAAAAAUUCACGGCUGGAAUGGGAAAAUGAGGAGUUACGUGAACGGCUGCAGGAUCUGGAAGUGGCAAAGCAGGUCCUGCAGGCUGAGAUGGACAAAUCACAGAAUUCUCUAAAGAGACGAAGUUUGAGAUCAACAUCCAACAAGAACGAAAAAAAGCCCUCACCACAGGAUGAUAGCGCUGAUUUGAAAUGCCAGCUCCACUUUGCCAAAGAGGAGUCUGCGCUCAUGUGCAAGAAGCUAACAAAGAUGGCCCUGGAGAGCGAGGCGAUGCGGGAGGAGCUCGCCAAAUACCGUCUGCUUUAUGGUGAGGUGGAUGAAACCCAGGCUGCAGCGGGCGCCACUAACUCUGCCCACACCCGAGAAGCAGAGGUCAAAGUUCACUUGCGGCUGGUGGAGGAGGAAGCCACGUUGCUGAGUCGUCGAAUAGUGGAACUAGAGGUGGAGAACCGUGGGUUGCGGGCAGAGAUGAGUGAACAACGUGAAAGAGGAGGAGGAAGCCUGGAAGAAGAGGAGGUGAUGAAGGGGGCCAGUGAAGGAUUAGCAUUGCCUCUCCAAACUAGAGAACAGGUGGAGAUGCACAGAGGUCUGGAUGGGACAGAUAAUGCAGAUGCAGUGACUACCCAUAAUAAUAUGCAGGAGAACCAGAUGCAUGUUGAGGAAGAUCAUGUGGAGAACUCUUCUGUCAGUCAUAUGCAGAGAGAAGGGCCGAUUGGUGGGGAACAGGAGCUUUCUGAAGAGACUAAAGAGGAAGACAGACAAGCUCAAUGUACGUCAGACUGCACAUUUGCUGUGAAAGAUCUAGACAGUCUUCUUGCCAUCCAUGACCAGGCACUGCUUGUCAGAUCGACUAUCCAGCUCCUAACAACCCCAGCAAAAAAUGGCCUCUCACCUACAUGUACACAUACGACUCCUACUGGUGCUCCUUGCCUAAGCAAAACUGCAGUAGAUCCUCAGUGCAAAACACAUCAAUGGCUUUUGGACCCAAUGUUGAGUCCCUUGACCAAUGGCCUAGAGGUGUUACAAGCCCAACUGCGUGCUCUUGUAGAAAAGUUGGAGGUGCUCUCAAACUCCACUUCAGAGUGCCUAGGGCCUUUUACUGAGAAGAAUAUGCUACAUUCUGACAAAGAUUUAUGUGAAAUAAAAGAGGACGCAAAGAAUCAAGCAAGACAAGAAUGUCCAUGUGAAGGAAAUGUUGGAAAUGGGUGUAACCAGGACAGCUUAGUGCUGCUCACUCUGCAGCUCCAGUGGUUUGUCCAGCAGUGGAGGCAGGGAGAGAGACCCACAGCUGAUGGAAAGAACCUGUUCGAGAUGUAUUGUCAGAAUGAUCUUCACCUACUAAAGGACACGAAGUCAAAAGCAUGCAAGUAUAAUCUUCAAGAGAAGUGCAACAGUCAGGUGAGCAGUGCCCUGCUUUCAGACCUCAGGACUGCACUGUCAGAUCUGUUCUCUGAACUUUGGGAGCAGCACAGUGCAGCCCAGUUUGUCAACCAGCAGUUUGCAAACGCCAAAGCAGCAUGGGCUGUGGAGUGUGCAGAGCUCAAGGGCCUCAUAAGCAGGCUGGACGGUUCAGCUGGGAAGGCAGGAGCAAAGGGACCAUCAGACCUGAAUGUGGCUUUACAGAAGGACCACGUUGAGAAGCUUCAGCACCUGUUAGCAGAGUCCUACACUGCAGUGAUGGACCUGACAAGACAGCUGAAGGUCUGUGAAAGCAAUUGGAGCUCUGAGUGGCAGGAACUGCUAGAACACCUUAACCACACGAGUCUAGAGUGCGAAGAGUCGAAGACAGCUAAGCAAAAUAGAAAACUGCAGUCCCCCAGAUGCAAGAUGAUGAAAAAAGAUGGAAAAAUAGAGAGGAUGCCUCUUAAAACUGGCAUUUCAAAACCCAACAAGAACUGGAAGUAUCUCAGUCGAGAAGCUGCUCUUCUGGACAGGGAAGACCCCUGCAAGACUUGGGACUCUCCUAUCAUGCCUCCCAAUCUCCCUGGUCUGAACCUAAACCAGGAGCUGACCCAGAGAAGCCACACUGCUCCAGAGAGAUCCAGCAUUCGUAUAUAUUACAGCCCACCAUCAGCAAAAAGGAUCCAAAUGAGCUCUCUGAUAGCAGCUGAAGAGGAAGAGCUUGAGGAGAGCCAGCAACCACAUUUCAAUGCCGUUGCCUGUGGUCUUGUAAACCAAGACUGGGUCACUGCUUAUGAAAACUGGCUGGGUAGCCUGCCGUUUGACUGCCAGAGUUUGUUGGAGAGAGAUUCGAUGGCGGUCACCAGUUCUAGAUCGUCUUCUGGUCUUCAGACCUCCAGUAUGGCGUCGCCUUCAUGCUUGGCUUUCAAUAACUUGGACGUCUCAGCCAACCUGAGUGAUGACAUGAAGGAAAUUACAGCUAGUGUGCUGCAGACCUCGCAAUCCAGCCCUUUGGAGAGGAAAAGAGCAAAGGAUUUUGGGAGCAAUAUGGUGAGUGUUGUGAGUAUAGGAACGCAAACUCAAUCCCAACCACAGCCAAGCACAGUUGGGCUACAAACCAAUGGUCCUCGAAGUCUUUAUGCUGCAAAGCACUGGUCGCCCCGAGUGACCUCAUUUGUAUCUGCAAGAACCCCGCAGAUGUCAGUGUCACUGGAAAGGGUACCUGGUCCAGCAGAUCGGAUUCAGCCUCACACCAACUCGCCGAAAAUACAACGCAGACAUUCCGCAUCUUCUCCGUUUUCUACAAAGUCUUCCUCUUCAACAUCCCCCUCAUCCUCUUCCUCUUUCACUACAUCCUCCUCAUCUCUGAGCGCCUCCCCCAGGCUGGAUUAUGGAGCGAAGGAACGUGGUUUGUGGGUUCUGCCGCAACGUGCUUCGACAUCAAGCAGGCCGAGUUCAGUAUCAGUGCAGGCCAGCGUAAAACCUAGCGGUCGUAAAAAUGCAGGCGUUCACAAGUACGGUCUGGUCCAUGAGUUUCUGCGCAAUGUGUGUGGUCGAGGAGAGAAGACCAACCCGGAGAUGGAGAAAGCACCAGCAGCUCGUAAGGAUCACGUCGGUCUGAUGGGUUCAAAGAAAUCUGAGCACCCCCCGUCUCGUAUACCAGCGGUGCCGCUAGUCAGAAAUGACAGCAUCACCAAGAUUGUGAACCGUAGAUUUAUGAAACAAAGCCCAAAAGAGGAGAGCCAGAGCCAGACCCCAACUCAGCGUCAAAUCAACAGAGGUUCAAUCAGUAAGAACAAGGGCUUGGAGGAUGGAGCCUGUGACUGCAGCUCACGGUCUUUGACAUCCUGCUUUGCUCGACCCUCACAGAAAAACCUCCGGCACAUUCACGGUCAAAACAAGCCCCGUCCACAUGAACACCCCCCAUCACGUGGUAAAGGUGAUUCUCUAGCUUAAAGGGAAACAGAUUCAAUUUAUUCACUGAAACCAUGACACUUCAGGGCUGCAUGGACAGAUUUCUUCAGAAUUGGAAUGCCCAUCAUACACAUAUUUUUACUUAUUCCCUGUCCAUUUUGUGUUAGUUUUUAAAUAAUCUGGCUAAAUUGAUUUUGCCUUCAGAACAUUUUACCAUGUAAAAAUCCAUUCCACAAAAUUUUCCUCAAAAUCAGUGUAAAAAAAAAAAACAUAAAAAGUCUCCAGUAUUAGUUAAAGACUUUUAUAUUUUACAGAAUUAAUGAUGUAUUGUGCAGGAGAUGCAAUUCCAGCAAGAUCAAGUUUUUACUUUUUAGAUCCUUGAUUAACUUUACAUUGUUACAUUUUAAAUAUAUAUAUUUCUGCAAUGUAUCGUAAACAUUUUAUGAUUUAUUAUUAUUUUUUAUAAUAUUUCAUGCAUAAUAUAAUGUGUGGAGAAUUUUUUUUUUUUUUAAUGUUGUUAGACGCUUAAUGAAUGUGACCUGUUUCUCAUAGCUGUCUUAAAUGUAACAUGAUCUGUGUUUAAUAUCUGCAUACAACAGUUGUGGGGGCCAAGCACCUUAAUCAGAGAUUAGGUUUGUGAAUUGUAGCUAUUUGAAAUGUGAAACUUUUUUAUGGCAUGUUAAUAAAUGCAAAUCCAUGU